CAUAGCACUCAGCUUCUGUCUGUUCCAGAGACGCUUCAUUGGCUGCAUUCCUCCGUCUCCCAUUCCCUGCUUUCGUGAAUUGGUUUGUCAAUCAAAGGGCUAUUAUGUUUUCUUCCUGGUUAGCUGCAAAGUGAAAGAGGAGUAACGUUCGGUGAGUUCAUUACAACCACUUUCCUGAUUAAGGCAUAUUUCACACUGAUUAGUGAAAGGGGAGAGACCAUGUGGAAGUCACAUGAGCGACAAGGAUGAGGAAAAAACAACUGAGAGGACUGCUACCGCCUAACUUCUCAAUCCGACUGGGGAUUUGCUGCUUCCGAAGCUUGGCUGGGACAGCCUAGCAGCCCCUGACUCAACCUCUACCCACACAUAUGCAAUGAACAGCACUACUCAGCCCCCUGCCCCCAUAGACAGGGAUGUGGCAGUCAGCUCUGUGUUGGUACCAUUCUUCCUGAUCACCUUCAUCGGGAUAGCUGCAGCUGUGGUGCUGUAUGUGCGCAAGAAGAGAAGAAUUGACAGGCUCCGGCACCAGUUGCUUCCAGUCUAUACUUACGACCCCUCUGAAGAAUUACAUGAAGUUGAACAGGAAAUGCUGUGGAAAGAGGAAGAUACUAAGGUGGUGAAGGGUUGGGCACGAUCAUACCAGCAACAACGUCCCCUGUUGAUGAAAGAUACCCAUGCAUGAGUGUGUUGGAGCAGGACAUAGAUCUGUGACAUCAAACAGAUUAGUGGAGUUAACCCUUGAGAUGCCAGAUUUGUCAGUCAUUCAACAUAAAGGGGUUUUAGGAAAAGCAUGGAGAACAGCCUGUCAUGCAUUCCGCAUCAUGCUUCUCCUCAGUCAUCAUCAUCUCUGUUGGAGCAUUUACUUUGUACAGCGUCAGCCUCUAAGCUAAGAGGAGGUUGGUUAUUAUGUGAUUGUGAACCUCUGAUGCCAUGCCCCUGUGCCCGAAAGCUGUGGCAUACCCUAAACCACGACAUGUUGGCUAACUACUAGUGGACAUUUAUUUAUUUGAGAUUAUUUAUUCAAUUUUUUUUAAUUUUUUUAAAUUUUAUUUUAUACUGUUUGUCAUAAUGUGGGCGUUACUGAAACUAAGAUGGUGCCAUCCAUCCAAACUAGACACUGGUGUUACAUUUGCCUUAAAUGUCUAUUGUUUUAAGUAGUAAUAUACCAGUGAGAUUUGCAAAGCCUUGACCUUGGGUGGGAUGCUUACGGUUGUACUACUAGCUUUAGUGGUGUAAAAUUAGGUUACUAUGUCCCUCACUAUUCAAUGUAAUAGAAGUUACACAGAAGGUAUGCAAUCAAUCAAUUUGAGUUCUUAAGUUGCUGUUUUGUUUCCCUGUUUGUGGCACUUUGCAUGCCAUUAUGAAAGCAACCAAAAGAAUACCUCCUCCUCGUCAUCAUACAGAUACUGUAUGUAAUGAUGAAAAGGUGGUGAAAUCAGAAGGAGGAUGUAUAGAGAGAGAAGAGAUGGCAAAUGAAUCUAACUAGUCAACCAACCUCCCCCUACCCCACCCACUCCUCCACUAUUUAGCUGUGACUACUGCCCUAAAAAUGUCCUGUUGGGAAGACGGGGCACCAGGAGGAUUGUUCUUCUAGCAGAAUAAUCUAUUUCGAAGACUGCCAUAGGCCUGACUGUAUACAGUACUCAGGAAACCUUAGCCACCCAUAUCUUUAAAGAAAUAAGUGACCAGUGAUUCAUCCUUGAAUUAUAUGUGCUCUAAGUUACCCUCUUUUCCUCCUUGCAUUUGUGAAUGUCAUGUAUUCAGGAUGAGAAGGAUGAAGGCUUCCAUUGAAAUCAAUCAUCUUAUCAGCACAUGUAUCGUAUGUUGGAAUCCACUUGAUAAUAAUUUAAACAUGGCUAUAUACACUGUGUACAAAGCAUUAACAACACCUUCCUAAUAUUGAGUUGCACCUUCUCAGAACAGCCUCAAUUCGCCGGGGCAUGGACUCUGCAAUGUGUCGCAAGCGUUUCACCGGGAUGCUGGCCCAUGUUGACUCCAAUGCUUCCCACAGUUGUGUCAAGUUGGCUGGAUGUCUUUUGGGUGGUAGACCAUUCUUGAUAUACACGGGAAACUGUUGAGUGUGAAGAACUCAGCAGCGCUGCAGUUCUUGACACACUGGUGCGCCUGGCACCUACUACCAUACCCCAUUCAAAGGCACUUAAAUCUUUUGUCUUGUCCAUUCACCCUAUGAAUGGCACACAUCCACAAUCCAUAUCUCAAGGCUUAAAAAUCCUUCUUUAACCUGUCUCCUUCCCCUCAUCUACACGAAUUGAAGUGGAUUUAACAAGUGACAUCAAUAAGGGAUCGUAGCAUUCACCUAGUCAGUCGAUGUCAUGGAAAGAGCAGGUGUUCAUAAUGUUUUGUACACGCAUUGUAGAUCAGGUAUUUCCAGUUAUUUUAAUGUGGAAUUGAAACUUGACAUGAUUAGUUGACUUUCUCCUGAAUGCGAACUGCUACAUAUUACUCUCCACUAUUUAUAAAGUCUAUGACUUAAUUCCCAUGCACAUUAAACAUAUACAGUUGAAGUCAGAAGUUUACAUACACCUCAGCCAAAUGCAUUUAAAUUCAGUUUUUCACAAUUCCUGACAUUUAAUCGUAGUAAAAAUUUCCUGUUUUAGGUCCGUUAGGAUCACCACUUUUAUUUUAAGAAUGUGAAAUGUCAGAAUAAUAGUAGAAUGAUUUAUUUCAGCUUUUAUUCCUUUCAUCAGAUUCCCAGUGGGUCAGAAGUUUACAUACACUCAAUUAGUAUUUGGUAGCAUUGCCUUUUAAAUUGUUUAACUUGAGUCAAAUGUUUUGGCUAGCCUUCUACAAGCUUCCCACAAUAAAUUGGGUGAAUUUUGGCCCAUUCUUCCUGACAGAGCUGGUGUAACUGAGUUGGGUUUGUAGGCCUCCUUGCUCACACACGCUUCUUCAGUUCUGCCCAAAAAUGUUCUAUAGGAUUGAGGGCAGGGCUUUGUGAUGGCCACUCCAUCUUUGUUGUCCUUAAGCCAUUUUGCCACAACUUUGGAAAUAUGCUUGAAGUCAUUGUCAAUUUGGAAGACCCAUUUGCGACCAAGCUUUAACUUCCUGACUGUUUUGAGAUGCUUCAAUAUAUCCACAUAAUUUUCCAUCCUCAUGAUUACAUCUAUUUUGUGAAGUGUACCAGUCCCUCCUGCAGCAAAGCACCCCCACAACAUGAUGCUGCCACCCCCGUGCUUCACGGUUGGGAUGGUGUUCUUCAGCUUGCAAGCCACCCCCUUUUUCUUCCAAACAUAACGAUGGUCAUUAUGGCCAAACAGUUCUAUUUUUGUUUCAUCAGACCAGAGGACAUUUCUCCAAGAAGUAAGAUCUUUGUCCCCAUGUGCAGUUACAAACCAUAGUCUGUCUUUUUUAUGGCGGUUUUGGAGCAGUGGCUUCUUCCUUGCUGAUUGGCCUUUCAGGUUUUGUCGCUAUAGGACUCGUUUUACUGUGGAUAUAGAUACUUUUGUACCUGUUUCCUCCUUUGCUGUGGUUCUGGGAUUGAUUUGCACUUUUCGCACUAAAGUACGUUCAUCUCUAGAAGACAGCGUCUCCUUCCUGGGCGGUAUGACGGCUGCGUGGUCCCAUGGUGUUUUAUACUUGCGUACUAUUGUUUGUACAGUUGAAUGUGGUAUCCUCAGGCGUCUGGAAAUUGCUCCCAAGGAUGAACCAGACUUGUGGAGGUCUACAAUUUUUUUUCUAGGGUCUUGGCUGAUUUCUUUUGAUUUUCCCAUGAUGUCAAGUGAAGAGGCACUGAGUUUGAAGGUAGUCUUUGAAAUACAUCCACAGGUACACCUCCAAUUGACUCAUGAUGUCAAGUAGCCUAUCAGAAACUUCUAAAGCCAUUACAUAAUUUUCUGGAAUUUUCCAAGCUUUUUAAAUGCACAGUCAACUUAGUGUAUGUAAACUUCUCAACCACUGGAAUUGUGAUACAGUGAAUUAUAAGUGAAAUAAUCUGUAAACAAUUGUUGGAAAAAUUUAUUGUCAUGCACAAAGUAGAUGUCCUAACCGACUUGCCAAAACUAUAGUUUGUUAACAAGAAAUUUGUGGAGUGGUUGAAAAGUGAGUUUUAUGACUCCAACCUAUGUGUAUGUAAACUUCUGAAUUCAACUGUAAUAAUGUAUUUGAUUAAAAAGCAUUGCACUGUUCCAAACAUGGCAAACCUGCUUACUAUAAACAGUUUCUUUGGGGAAUUGCAGUGGUGAAUUCUGAAGAAAUCCAGGAUAUAAACUACUGAUGAAAAUACAUUUUUAUGUAAUUUUGACUUAUCAAGGUUUCACACACUUGUUAAAAGACUGAAUAUUUCUGUUGCUUGAUUGUACUGUCCAUGAAGUAAACUUGAAUAUAUCUUAGAGUGAAAUUAUGGACUUUUUAUGGAUGGUCUGGAUGUAAAGGAAAAAUAAAAUGGAAAGAGGAGUACCUA